GCUGCCACCUUCUUCUUUUUUUCCCUGUCUUCUUCCACACGGCGUGCAGCAGGGAGCUCAGCUCCACCUCCCUGCGUGCUCUCUGCCUCCCAUGGCCGACGGCCUCCGCAGCGCAGCAGCCAUGGACGAGCUUCUUUUCUCCCCUGCUGUUCCCCUGCGUGCAGGGAGCACCAAGGCCAGCGCCCCCUUCUCCAAUGGCGUCCUUGCUGCAGGAUGCGCAGAAACUUCUCCAUGGCGCCCCCUGCUUCUUCCUCCCGCAGCACGGCAGCAAGCAGCCAUUCCCAUGGCCGAGCUUACCUCCCUGCCGCGAGCUCUCUCUGGCUCCUUCCCCAAGUCCGACUGGAGCUUGCCUCCUCCAUGGCCGGCGCCCAGCAACAGUAGCAGCCGGGUCUUCGUCCUCCCUCUGCUGUCCGCGGCAUGCAGCAAACAGGGAGCUCGAGUUUCUUCCAUGGCUGCCAACCUCCUCUGCCCCCUUGCUGUCCCACCCCUUCUCCCUCAAGCCAGCACCUUCCCCGACCACAUCUCCAUGACCGAGCAGCAGCUCUGCUCGCCCCCCUCCUUCUUUUUCCCUUGCGCAGCAGCAAGAAGCCCCUGCUCGCAGCCUUGGCGUCCAACUUCGCUGCGCAGUGGUGCCGAUCCAAAACAGCGGCCCCGGAUCACCUCCGCACUGCGUGCUUCACCGGAUCUGCGCAGCCCCAACAUCGACGCCGUUCACCUCGGUGAGACGACGACGACCUUUGUUUGAUUCCGUAUUGGCAAUGUUCUUCGGUGAUUAAUUAUGUAUGUGUGCUGCUUUGUUUUAUUUUUGUGGAGGAGAGAACCCCGUGUUUUGCGUGGAGAAGGCAAGCCGCUCGACGCUCGUCGGAUGUUUGGAGCAAUGCACAAAUCAGAAUCACCGUCAUUCUUGCAAACACCGUUUGGGUUUGUUUAUGGACCGAGAGGUGACGACCGUGCAAGUGAUGUGGUGCCAACCACAAGAUACAGUUGGUGGACGUACUGAAGGAAGGAUGGACUUAACCAGUGGAUGCUCGCCGAGCGAGUAUCUCCCCCAGCAAACACUAUCUAAGUGUUAAAUUAAAG